UCCCCCUCCCUUCGAGAGCGCACUGGUGGUCCUUCUCGCAAACGCUCAUCUUUAUCGCACUCUUACCCAAGUCUCGUGUUUCUGGAGUUUGGCACACGCGCAACGUUACACUGGUCGCUAUCAUCUAAAUAUGUCGUAAACGAGGAUAGAGAACAGAGAAGCCGAGGGAAGAUGAAAUCAGCGCGUCUGUGGAUGCUUGUCUGUUUGGCGGCUGCGUGUUGUCAGCUUGGCACCGGUGAUAGAUACGGUUGUCUGUUUGAUGAAGGCCUGUGCUCCAGUGGUCAGGUUUGCUGGGAUGAUGAGCUGUUUGGUCAGUGUCUUACACAGAAGCAGGAAAGGUUUCGCUACAGGGUGACUGCAGUUUUACUGGACAGACUGCAGUCAUUACUGCAAACGCUUAUGAAGGAUGGAUUAACAUGGCAAGAUGAUGUCACCCAAUCAAUGAUUAAGAAAGAGUUUAGCAAAGUUCCGAAAAUCCUACUGUCUUCUGGGAUAAAGAAUGGCCCAUCCACAGAGUCUCGGAGUGGCCCUACAAACCAGCUCAAACCCAAACUGGUACAGCCCUAUAUGGACUACAUGAUUGUCGAUCCACCUCAGUCAUCUCUCCAUAUGCAGAGUCUGGAUCCUUAUAGUUACCAGCGAUAUGGUUACCAAGAUGAAGAGGAGCGUUCUUUGAACCUGGUGGAGGGAGGCAGGUACCCACCGGCCUCCUCUCGCAUUAGGGGAAAUUCACCACUUCCUCCAUCUCUAGAUAAAGAUGAUCAGCUUCUGCAGGAUCUGAUGACUCUGCUCCUUUCUUCGCCUGCACAGCCCACAUCACGCCAUCGUGUGGCAGCACCUCACUCCACCUCAUCUUUUUUCCAGGAUCUGGACUUCCUACUUGACUACAAGGACUAUAACAAGGACUUCUUUUCCCCAGAUGAAAAGAUCAACAGCCAACAGGAGCAAAAGAAAGGUCCUCAGAAGCAUGGAGUGUUUUCUGGGCACAGUGGACCCACUCAACAAAGUCUAAAUGAGCUGCUCCUGCAGCAUGGAUUUGAUCUAAACCACCUGAACCCUGAAGAGAUUGAGCGUCUUUUCACUGUCCUUCAGCUCCUGCAAAACGAACCAACAAACAAUCAGAGAAAACCUGAAACAAAGGAUUCCUCUGUCUCCAAAAGUGGUGAGCAUCAAAAUGUUUCUGCUAUGAAGAUUACAGAGGGAGAGAUGACCCAUGUGGUGGAAAAGGCUUCUGCACAGCCUACAAAUUCCUCCUUCCCUUCUCCAUUCAACCCCGGGCCUGAAAUUUCCCCUAAAGGGUCCCAAGGGGCCUCCCAGGAUAACUACAUCCCAUUGGGUGCUAGUGUACUAGGGCCUGCAUCUCUCAAACAAGAGGAAGGACGACUUGGCAAAGGAACCUUGAGUGUGAAACCAGGAAAGAAUGAAGCCAAGUUAAAGGAGGAAUUUGGAUACAUUGUCACCAAUCAGAGUGUGGUUGGUCCAGCUGUCACUUUCCGGGUGCUCCCAAACAGCCAGAAUUUAACAGCAAGUGAGGUGUCCGAAAAGGCUGUGGCUCAAAAGAACCUUCUAGAAUCAGAGACUGGUCUAAAGGUGCUUCAGGCAGGUGUUGGGGAGAAGAAUGAUGGCCAUGCGUUGCCAGUGGCAACACGUGUACGUGACAACACCCAGUGGGUGUUCCUCAUGUUUGUGGGUGUGGCUUGUGUGGGUGGACUCCUGGUGGGAGCACUGACCUGUCUGUGCACCCAUGCCCGCCAGUUGGCCUCAGGGAAACUAGGACUUGGACCUGAAGCAGGAAAUGUGACGCAUUAUGAGUACCAGGAUCUUUGUCGGCAGCACAUGGCUACUAAGUCCUCUCUUGGAAGGCAGGACUGCGGGGUUGGAGCUGCAGGUGGUGCUGGUCCAGGAGGAGGUGGUGGUGGAGGAGGAACGGAUACAUCACGAGUCAGCAGUGUGUCGUCACAGUUCAGUGAUGCACCUCAGCCAAGCCCUAGUUCGCACAGCAGCACCCCCUCCUGGUGUGAGGAGCCAGCGCAGUCUAACAUGGAUAUUUCUACAGGGCACAUGAUACUGGCAUAUAUGGAGGAUCAUCUGAAGAAUAAAGACCGUUUGCUCAAAGAGUGGGAGGCUCUGUGCUCCUACCAGGCAGAACCCAGCACCAUCUCAGCUGCCCAGAGUAAAAGUAACGUCAAGAAGAACCGCUGCUCUGAUGCCGUGCCCUAUGACCAUUCUAGAGUGAAGCUGAAGGCUGAGAUUAACCCCUCCAGGACAGAUUACAUCAACGCCAGCACCAUUAUCGAGCAUGACCCCCGGAUGCCUGCGUAUAUUGCCACCCAAGGCCCUCUCUCACACACCAUCUCUGAUUUCUGGCAGAUGGUUUGGGAGAGCGGAUGUACGGUCAUAGUGAUGAUGACGGCUCUGGUUGAGGAAGGAGAAAAGCAGUGUGAUCAUUACUGGCCCGAUGAGGGCUCUUCUCUCUACCACAUUUAUGAGGUGAACCUGGUGUCUGAGCAUAUCUGGUGUAAUGACUUCCUGGUGCGGAGUUUCUACCUGAAGAACGUCCAAACCCAGGAAACUCGUACCCUCACUCAAUUCCACUUCCUGAGCUGGCCUGCACAGGGAAUACCCACCUCCACUCGGCCUCUGCUGGACUUCCGCAGGAAAGUCAAUAAGUGCUACCGUGGCCGCUCCUGCCCCAUCAUUGUGCACUGCAGUGAUGGUACAGGCCGGACUGGAACAUACAUCCUGAUCGACAUGGUUCUGAACCGCAUGGCUAAAGGUGUAAAGGAGAUCGAUAUCGCUGCAACCCUGGAACAUAUUCGAGACCAGAGGCCAGGAAUGUUGCGCACCAAGGAUCAGUUUGAGUUUGCACUGACCGCUGUGGCUGAAGAGGUUAAUGCUGUUCUCAAAGCUCUACCGCAGUGAAACGAAUGCCCAUGACUGAGCAGGCACACAAACGCAUACAUACACACUCACAAAUUACAUAGCAACUACAUGCAUGUCUGCAUACAUGCCUUAUGUAGCCACUGAGGUUAGUAUUAGGGAUGUGCAUGAGUAAUCAACUAGUCGAGUACUCGUUCUACACCUAACUACUUAAAUAAUAAACUAAUUGCAAAUUGAUUUUCCUUUUGCUGAAAUGAACAUUCUUACUAAAUCCUUCACUUAAAUCAUGUUGCAGCUACAGUAAGUGUGUUGGGUUGCACUGUGCUAUAGAAAGGUGAGAGACUUAAUUGUGCAAUAUUUUAAUCUUUAUGGUUCUUGUUAGAUUCAUGCUUUCCACUAGAUAAAGAUCCACUUUUAUGGUGCCAAGUGCUAAACUACAAGAGUUGCGAGAAACUAUUUGUGCAGCCUUUUUUCACAGCAGAUUCUGUUGUUAGAAAAUUAAAAUGUCAACUUAUAGCACUUGUAUUUCUGAAUAAUAUCAAGUUAAAUGUUAAAAUACAUAAAUAUCAGUAACAAAACAAUAAAAUUAG